AUGACGGCGAUCGCCUCGGUAAACGCCGCCAUGGGCCCUGCUUUCAGCACUGGUCCUGUUGCUUCGGAAUCUUUCAUCCGCGAAUCGACGUCCACCCUGGUACUCCCGAAGGCGCCGAGCGGCUCUUCCGGUGAUGCUUCUCUCUGGGUUGGCAUGGGUACCUCGAACGGUGACCUGAUCCAGUCCAUAGCCGACAAUUGGCAGUCGAGCUCUUGGAGUAUAUUUGCCUACACGCUUCUGUCCACCAGUGCUACCACUCAGAUGCCUGUCCAGGGAGACUCUUCCACUGCCAACGCCGGAGACAAGGUUACCAUGCACUACAAGUUCGAUGACUCCACUGGCAACUACACUCAGACUGUUCUUGUCAACGGCGAGACUGUUUCCACUUUGUCCACUAAUGAUGGAAAGGCCCAGGGCUGGGGUAGCGCCGUUGAGUGUGCCGAGGACAACUGUGGCACGAUGCCUGCUCACACCUGGAUCGACACAAAGAUCAUCUUGGAUACCGCCGACGCGAACUACAUCAAUACCCUAGGCAAAGGGGAGGGCGUCACUGGUGACAUGACAACGAGCGACAAUGGAAAGACCUGGACUGUUAGCACCAUCAGCAUUCCGGAGUUCACCUUCGGCAGCUCUUCGUAA